GGCUCCACGGUUUCAUAAUGGAUUCUAAAAGUUCCCCCACACACCGACAACAAGACGAAUCUCCGGCCCCGAAUCCCACCACCACCAGCAGCAGCUGCUCAUCGGCCGCGGAUAAUGUUCAAACGUUUCGUGAGCUAUUGGAAGCCGCCUCCAGUAAAGCCAUGGCCAAGCAACAGCAGCAGCCGUCGCAGCAACAACAACAACAUUCACCUCAGGCCCCCAGGAGUCACUCAAGGUCAAGUUCAUUGCUACACAGUCUGACGGGUAGUCCAAAACGUUCCAGCUCUCCAGGAAUGGAGCCAAAGAAAGCCAAAAUCGAACAAGGCGAUACGCAACACCACAAAACGCCUCCUUACUCCUCCGACAUUGGUGAUUCGGCCCAACAGCGAGUAGGCGGAAACUUGGCCCUAGAAGCCUCCUACUCACCGCACUCAGAUCGUUCCUCUGCCGGUUCCCAUUCGGCCAAUGGCUCUUCCCAGCAACAACAACAAUUUUGCCUACGCUGGAAUAACUAUCAAAGCAAUCUGACCAGUGUCUUUGAUCAGCUACUGCAAACGGAAGCUUUUGUCGAUGUCACCCUGGCCUGUGAUGGCCGUUCCAUUAAGGCCCACAAAAUGGUACUUUCCGCCUGUUCGCCCUAUUUCCAAACCCUCUUCUCCACCACACCCUGUCAACAUCCCAUUGUCAUUAUGCGCGAUGUCAACUGGCCCGAACUCAAGGCCAUUGUGGACUUUAUGUACAAGGGCGAGAUCAAUGUGAGCCAAGAUCAAAUUGGGCCCCUGCUAAGGAUAGCAGAAAUGUUAAAGGUCCGUGGCCUGGCUGAUGUGGGUCACAUAAGUACGAGCAGCAAUGAAGCGCCGCACAGCAGUACAAAGGCCGAUCAGACCAGCACUUCCGACAAAGAGCUCUACUCUCCACCCCUUCACCUCUCGCCGAAAAUCCGCAAGAAAAGUCUCUCGCCCUUUGGCAAACGACCGCCCAGUCGACGUUCCUCCGAUCAAAAUGAACCCGCAGAUAGUGACAUGGAGUUACUCACACCCAUGGAACCUGAAAAAUCCCGUUCCAGAGUAGAAGCUUCCGGCUGGGAUUUGCCCAGCACCUCGGGCAGAUCCGGUUUAGAAUUACGACUCUCACCGCCCAUGGUUUCGCGUAAUGUGCGGAAACGUAGAUGGCCCUCAGCUGAUACGGUAUUCAAUCCUCCCGAGAGUCCUUUGGGUAGCCUCAUAGCUGCCGAGCGGGCCGAACAGGAACGAAAUCGUGAAAGGGAACGGGAGCGGCAAAGAGGAAGAGACUCCUCGCUAUUUACCCCACCAUUACCGGUUAUAACAGGUUCUUCCAGCAGUGUUCUAGAUGCCUCGGCCCAUUUGGAAUUUCCCUCGCCUUCGCCGACGCCCGCACCCAGCCUGCUACCACCUGCAAGGACACCCUCCUCUCUGCUAGCCUCUUCAGCCUCACCACAUUUACAGUUGUCCCAUCAUCAUCAACAGCAGCAGCAGCAACAACAACAUCACCACCAUCAUCUGCACCACCAGCAGCAGCAGCAACAACAGGCUCAACAGCACCAGGGCCAACAAUCCUCAGCGGCCCAACAUUCUUCUUCCUCAACGUCAGCAGGAAUUGGUAGUGGUGGUGGUGGUGGCCUACAAUCUCAUCGUUCUUCGCCCGCCUCUUCAGUAACCUCAACACACCCGUCCAGUAUUUUAAGUCGACCCCUGACGCCCUCACCGACCAGUGUCAGUGGUCCCGGUAGUAGUCGCCUGGAAACGGAACGUUUCUCUGCCCAAGCUGCUGCAAUGUUGGGUGACAUAAGUGCUUCAGCGGCGGCAUCUAUGGGUAUGCGUUCCCUGCCCUCCUCAGGUCCGGCGGCAAUGACUGAGGGCGGCCGCCUGCAUGGUUCAUCGAUUGCCGAUGAUUUGGAAAUUAAACCAGGAAUAGCUGAAAUGAUACGCGAAGAAGAGAGGGCAAAAAUGUUGGAAAACUCCCAUGCCUGGAUGGGUGGAUCCAGCUCAUCGAUAGCAGCAGAUAGCUAUCAAUACCAACUGCAGUCGAUGUGGCAGAAAUGUUGGAGCACCAAUCAAAAUUUAAUGCAUCACUUGCGUUUUCGUGAACGAGGUCCCCUAAAGUCCUGGCGUCCCGAGACAAUGGCCGAGGCGAUUUUCAGUGUUUUGAAAGAGGGUCUCUCGCUUUCACAGGCUGCCCGAAAAUAUGAUAUACCCUACCCCACAUUUGUGCUCUACGCCAAUCGGGUACACAACAUGUUAGGGCCUUCCAUUGAUGGCGGCCCCGAUCUACGACCCAAGGGACGUGGCAGACCACAACGUAUCCUCUUGGGCAUAUGGCCGGAUGAACAUAUCAAGGGUGUCAUUAAGACGGUGGUCUUUCGUGAGGGUAAAGAUAUCAAGGAUGAAGGUUUGGUACCGCAUCUGCCGUAUGGCCGCCAUUCGCCUAUUUUCCCAUUUCAGCAAGAACCGAGUGUCAGCUAUCCGGGGGUGAGUGCCCAAUGUCCCAAUGGAAUACCGACACCAACACCCACGGGCGAUCAAAUGGCCCAGGAGGCCACAGCAGCAGCGGUGGCUGCAGUGGCCCACAACUUGCGCCAGCAAAUGCAAAUGGCAGCUGCCCAACAACAACAACAGCAGCAGCAACAACAUGGUCCUGAAGGUCCUGGCGGCCAGGCGGGUCUCUUUAAUCUCCCUCCACAUUUAGCUGGCAGUGGGGCUCUGCCGGUACCCUCAGGUCCAGGGGGCAUGAUUUUACCCAAAACCAGUAUUUCACCAGCCCUCAGUUCGGCCUCUAGUUCAGGGGCUGUCGGCUCAAUGAUGGGUCCCCGCCAUGCCCCCUCACCUUGUGGACCAGGAAUGCCGGUCAUGACUCAGCUGCCACAUAGUGUGGCUGCAGCUUUGCACAUGGCCGGCUCCCCAGCCUCGAGGUGUGAUCCCAACGCUUUGCUAAGUCAACAACAGCAACAUCAGUUGCAUCAGCUACAUUUGCAACAACAACAUGCAAUGCAUCAGCAACAGCAACACAAACAUCAACAUUCACAUGGACACCAACAUCCGCAUCAACACCAGCAUUCGCAAUUGGGCGCCUAUGGCCAGCAUCAUUUAUCCCUAAGUCAUCCGGGGAGUAUGACAGGGGGUAUGGGCGGUGGUGGUGGCACACCCACUCACACCCAUCACACCACGGCCACAACGACAGCCUCUUCCACAAAAUCAUCAUCGUCCACAGUAUCGCCGUUAAGGCGCACCAGCCCACCCAGUGUCUCACCACUGACCGAACUUGGCCUUGAAAUGGCCUUUAAACCUUCUCGAGCUUUUUCACCCUCUCGUCUAUUUUCCGAUGAUAUAGCCGAUAUUGUGGGUGCGGCAGCAGCAGCGGCGGCCGUUGCAGCCGCUUCAUCGACGUCAUCCUCCACCUGUACUACCACGGCCACCGUCACAACAGCCACCAUAACCGGGUCCAGUUCGUAUAGUUUACCAGCCACAUCAUCUUCUUCCAUGAUGGCCAUGGAUGCAGCAGGUCAACAACAUCAAUCCUCGUCCAUCGCCUCAAGUGCGGGCAUAUCGCCAUCACACUCCUCCACCUCCAUGGCCACAACGACGGCAGCGGCAACUGUUGUAACUUCCGCCAGUAGCAGUAACAUAAGUUCCACGGGCAUUAAACUCGAACCCAUAACUACAAGUAGCGAAUAAGAAUAUAUCCGAUAUAAUUUAUAUACCAACACUCAACACAUGCAUAUAAACAUAGAAUACAUACAUAUAUACAUAGUGGCUAACACACACACACA